CGGGGGUAGGCGGCAGCGGCGCUGAGGUCUGGGUUUUGACACGGAGAUUCAGCAUGGAAUAGGCUCUUCUGACCCAACGAGCUGCACCGCCCAACAACCUAGCCUAAUCACAGACAAGAGAAAAUCUGCAGAUGCUGGAAAUCCAAACAGCACACACAAAAUGCUGGAGGAACUCAGAAGGCCAGGCAGCAGCAUCUAUGGAAAAGAAUACAGUCGACAUUUCAGGCUGAGACCCUUCAUCGAGUCCUGAAUUUACCUAAAUGGGUGAGAAAACGUGAAUUUUUACUAUGGCUCACACAAAGCCCAAGGCCAAUGAUGGAAAAAUUAUAUACCCACCCGGGGUUAAAGAAAUCUCUGAUAAAAUAUCCAAGGAAGAAAUGGUUCGAAGAUUAAAGAUGGUUGUAAAAACCUUCAUGGACAUGGACCAAGAUUCAGAGGAUGAAAAGGAGUUGUACCUCAAUCUGGCACUACAUCUUGCUUCUGAUUUUUUCCUUAAGCAUCCUGAUAAGGAUGUGCGACUGUUGGUUGCCUGCUGCUUGGCUGAUAUCUUUAGAAUCUAUGCCCCAGAGGCACCCUAUACAUCACCAGAUAAACUUAAGGAUAUUUUUAUGUUCAUAACUAGACAACUAAAGGGACUGGAAGAUACAAAAAGCGCACAGUUUAACAGAUACUUCUAUUUACUUGAGAACAUUGCCUGGGUAAAGUCAUAUAACAUCUGCUUUGAACUAGAAGAUAGCAAUGAUAUCUUCACUCAGUUGUACAGAACACUUUUUCAAGUAAUAAACAAUGGCCAUAACCAAAAAGUUCACAUGCACAUGGUGGAUUUGAUGAGUUCCAUUGUUUGUGAGGGAGACACUGUUUCUCAGGAACUUUUGGAUACUGUUCUUGUCAACCUUGUGCCAGCUCAUAAAAAUCUAAACAAGCAAGCAUAUGAUUUAGCAAAAGCUCUAUUGAAAAGGACUGCUCAAGCGGUUGAACCAUACAUUACAAAUUUUUUUAACCAGGUUUUAAUGCUGGGCAAAACCUCCAUCAGUGAUCUAUCAGAGCAUGUCUUUGACCUGAUCCUUGAGCUCUACAAUAUUGAUAGUCAUCUGUUACUUUCUGUUUUACCACAGCUGGAAUUUAAACUUAAGAGCAAUGAUAAUGAAGAACGUCUAGCAGUCGUUAAGCUGCUGGCAAAAAUGUUUGGAGCAAAAGAUUCUGAAUUGGCAUCCCAGAACAAACCAUUGUGGCAAUGUUACUUGGGAAGAUUCAAUGACAUCCAUGUUCCUAUCCGUCUUGAAUGCGUGAAGUUUGCAAGCCACUGUCUUAUGAACCAUCCGGACUUAGCAAAAGAUCUGACUGAGUUUCUCAAAGUCAGAUCGCAUGAUCCCGAAGAAGCGAUAAGGCACGAUGUCAUUGUAUCAAUUGUAACUGCUGCUAAAAAGGACCUCUCACUUGUUAAUGAUCAGCUGCUAAACUUUGUAAGAGAGAGGACUUUAGACAAACGGUGGAGAGUGAGAAGAGAAGCUAUGAUGGGUCUGGCACAGAUCUAUAAAAAGUAUUGUCUACAAGCUGAGGCAGGAAAAGAAGCUGCCAAACAGAUUUCAUGGAUUAAGGACAAACUUCUGCAUAUAUACUAUCAAAACAGCAUUGAUGACAAAUUACUUGUUGAACGGAUAUUUGCACAGUAUAUGGUGCCUCACAACUUGGAGACUACAGAAAGGAUGAAGUGUUUGUAUUAUCUUUAUGCAACCCUGGACACCAAUGCUGUGAAGGCAUUAAAUGAAAUGUGGAAGUGUCAAAACAUGCUGAGACAUCAUGUACGCGAUUUGCUUGAUUUGCACAAACAACAAAAAUCUGAUCCCACUGAUAAAGCCAUAUUCUCAAAAGUGAUGAUCAUUGCCAAAAACUUGCCCGAUCCAGGAAAAGCCCAAGACUUCAUGAAGAAAUUUGAUCAAUUUUUGGAAGAGGAUGAACGAAUUAGAUCCCAACUGGAUGUGCUUGUUAGUCCAAACUGUACCUGCAAGCAAGCAGAAGGAUGUGUGCGUGAAAUUACCCGAAAAUUAAGUAACCCUAAACAACCUACAAACCCCUUUUUGGAAAUGGUGAAGUUUCUCCUAGAGAGGAUAGCACCUGUCCAUAUAGACACUGAAUCCAUUAGUGCAUUAAUCAAACAAAUUAAUAAAUCCAUUGAUGGUACAGCUGAUGAUGAAGAAGAGGGUGUGCCAACCGAUGAAGCAAUUCGAGCAGGCCUUGAAUUGCUUAAGGUGUUAUCAUUUACUCAUUCAAUCUCUUUUCACUCUGCGGAAACAUUUGAAUCCCUCCUGCAGUGUUUGAAAAUGGAUGAUGAAAAGGUAGCAGAAGCUGCAUUACAGAUCUUCCGAAAUACUGGGCACAAAAUUGAAGAUGACUUUCCUCACAUCAGAUCUGCUUUGUUACCAGUACUGCAGCAGAAGGCGAAGAAAGGGACUGCUCGACAAGCUAAGCAUGCUAUUCACUGUAUUCAUGCAAUAUUUUCCAGCAAGGAGACACAGUUUGCACAAAUAUUUGAGCCUUUACACAAGAGUUUGGAUCCAAGCAACCCUGAGCAGCUCAUAACGCCUUUGAUUUCAAUCGGUCACAUAGCUAUGCUGGCUCCAGAACAGUUUUCUGCACCUCUGAAAUCCCUGGUGGCUGGUUUUGUUGUGAAAGAUUUGUUAAUGAAUGACCGGUUUCCAGUAAAGAAAACAACAAAACUUUGGGUGCCAGAUGAUGAAGUAUGUCCAGAGACACUGACAAAAAUACAGGCCAUGAAGAUGAUGGUACGGUGGUUGAUGGGAAUGAGGACCAACGCAAAUAAAUCGGGGACCUCUACCUUGAGACUGCUAACUGCAAUAUUACAUAGUGAUGGUGACCUGACAGAACAGGGGAAAAUCAGUAAGCCUGAUAUGUCACGUCUGCGCCUAGCUGCUGGAUGUGCUGUUUUGAAGCUAGCACAGGAGCCAUGUUACUAUGAAAUCAUCACUCUGGAACAGUUUCAGUUAUGUGCACUGGUAAUGAAUGAUGAAUGUUAUCAAGUGAGGCAGAUAUUUGCGCAGAAACUCAACAAAGGACUUGCCAAGUUACGACUACCACUAGAAUAUAUGGCUAUUUUUUCACUCUGUGCAAAGGACCCAGCAAAAGAAAGAAGAGCACAUGCCAGGCAAUGUCUUGUGAAAAAUAUCAAUAUUAGGAGGGAAUAUCUGAAGCAGCAUGCAGCAGUGAGUGAAAAAUUGUUAUCAUUGUUGCCUGAGUAUGCUGUUCCAUACACAAUUCACCUUCUUGCUCACGAUCCAGAUUAUGUAAAGGUACAGGAUAUUGAACAGCUGAAGGACAUUAAAGAAUGCUUAUGGUUUAUGCUUGAAAUCUUGAUGGCUAAAAAUGAAAAUAACAGUCACGCUUUUAUUAGGAAAAUGGUGGAAAAUAUAAAACAGACGAAAGAUGUCCAGGGACCAGAUGAUCCAAAGAUGAAUGAGAAAUUAUACACAGUUUGUGAUGUUGCAAUGAACAUCAUCAUCUCUAAAAGUACUACUUAUAGCUUGGAGUCUCCCAAGGACCCAGUUCUUCCUGCUAAAUAUUUCACUCAUCCUGAUAAGAAUUUCAACAACAACAAAAAUUAUUUGCCUUCGGAAAUGAAAGCUUUUUUCACACCUGGAAAGCCAAAGGCAACAAAUGUUCUUGGUGCAGUAAAUAAGCCUCUGUCAUCAGCUGGAAAACAAGCACAGACCAAGUCAUCACGGAUGGAGACUAUGAGCAAUGCCAGCAGCAAUUCUAAUCCCAGUUCUCCUGGAAGAAGUAAAGGAAGGCUGGAUAGCUCUGAAAUCGAUCACAGUGAAAAUGAAGACAUCACAGUAAUGAAGAAUCCUCCUCUUCAAGCAAAGAAAAUGGAAAAGAGGGAAGACUCAGACCAUCUGAGGUCAGAGACUGACAAACCUAGAGGACGAAAGAAAGGAUCCUCUGCAAUUUCAUUAGAUCAAGAUGAUAGAUCAAGUGUAGAACUUCUGGAUCAGGUGAAACCUGCUAAAACAAGUCAACGUGGCCGAAAAAGAGCUGCACACACCUCUGAAUCAGAUGAACAGCAGUGGCCAGAAGAGAAAAGAUCAAAAGAAGACCUCUUGGAAAAUGAAGAUGAACAGAAUAGUCCACCAAAGAAAACAAGAAGAGGUCGUCCACCCAAAGUUACUAAUGAGGAACUCUCAAAGGGAGAGACCCAAAGAAAAGGAAGCAAAAAGGGUAAGAAGAGGGCAGCAUCAGCGGAUGAAGAAGAUGGUGAUGGAGAUAAUGAAAAUAAAGAACAGAAACAGAAAAGAAUGAGGCAGCCAAGAACACCCAAAAAAUCUCAGCAAAGAAUAGAAACCCCAGAAUCUGAUGUGAAUGACUCUUUAUCGACGGAAUCAACACCACAGAAGAAGCGAGGACGGCCACCCAAAGCCUCACCUACAUCGCAAUCACAGCCAAAGAAAAAUUUUCGGGCAGGAAGAUCAAGACAAGCUGCCAGUAGAGAAAAUGAUUCUUCAGAAAUGGAUUCGCGUCAUGAUAGUUCACUGGAGAACAUGGAUAUUUCUCAAGAAGGCUCAAUGGAUGGAGUGAACACAGAAGAGGAAAAUGAAUUAAGUACACUAAGGGUGCGACGCAAACCUAACAAAAGGGAAAGAAGAUGAAGAGUAAAUAUUUUCUGUUUGCAUUGGAGAUUGACAAUUGUACUGUACAGCUCAAGCCUGGACACUGUUUAUCAGAUAAAUUGGUUGUUAAAGAAGGCAUCUUGUAUCUAUUACCCUUGCAUCUGCAGUCCUAAGUUCACAAGCUUUUGGCAAACACAUCAUUUCAUUAAUUGUGGGUGGUCGUGCAUUGUGAUGAGUGCUGACUACAAUGUACUGACUUUACGGAAAGAUUGAAAUAAAUGAUAUUGUAAAUAUUUUUUUUAAUGUUUUGAUUGAAAAUGUGCUUGUAUAGCUUUCAAUUACAGCUUUAAAUCACCAAGACAACUGUGUAUUAAAUGUGUAGGUGAAGAAAGUUGGUUACAAUGAACGCUGACAACUGAAGCAAUACUUAAUAGUUGUUCCUUCUGUGGCAUUCUACAUUUGAGAAGGGACUGGUUCUUGGAAAGAACAUUAUUACAAUUUCCUGCAGCACAUACUUCUGUGGUUAGAUUUAUUGGGAAGUCACUUUUUCUAAAUCCCUUGAGUGUAUAAUUAUACCUACUUGUUUCUGUAAUCGGCUCUGUUGCUUCUGCUUUCCACCACCGAAGUUGUUGGACAGGAAGUCCUCAGUUGCAUAAAAUGUGAAGUCAGCUAAAAAUGCUUGUGGCAUUUUACUUGUCAGUAUUGAUGCCAGAACUGUCUAGAAAUUUAGAUAAAAUUGGAAAAAUAAAAGGGUUUUAGCUAAAAUAUUUUAAUACUGAUGGUGUAUUAGUCAUUCAAAUUGUACACCUUUAGUUACCUUCUCUGUCAAAUUUGUAUCAAUCUACUGUAUCAAUAAAAUUCUGUAACUGAGUUUGCCUUGUUAUAGUGGAAAAAAACUUGUGUAUUUUGAAGGAUAAUCCUCCCUAAGUUAUGGUUCCCAAGAGUUAGAUCAUGUUAAAAGUUGUUCAUUGUGGUAUGUGAUUAAUGAGACAAGGAGCCUUUCUGCAUUGUAACAACUGUUCUGCUCUGCUUGAAAUGCACUUGAUAUAUCGUUUAAAAAAUGCCUGCAAUAAUAUUCUCCUUGUUGAUUUUUAUUUCUGUAUUGUCAAUCUGUACCAAAUUUGGGUUUAAUCAGAUUAAAAUUAUUUUGUUUUACAAAGAUAGCUAUUUGAGUUACUGAAGAAAAAUUGUCAACUAUAGUGGAAUUUUGCUUGUAUCUUGAACUGCACAAGGUUGAUGUAAGCUGCUGCUAGAAAUAUGCUUCACGAUUUGAUCUCUCAAAGUUCAGUUCAAUCCUGUAAACAGGUUCUCAUAUUCUUUAUGCCCUUUUUAAUGUGAUAAAGAAAUUAGCACAUUGUGUAGCACAAGUUUCAGUCUGUACAUUUCUCAGCUAUAAAAAAUACCUGCAAAGAAUGUAAAUCAAUGUUAACAUUUUUGUUAUUCCAACUAAAGCAUCUUGAAAUAGCAGCAUCAUUUUUUAUUAAACUGUAAUCGUGGCUUUUCUGUGCUGGCUGUUUACAUGGUAUUUAAACAAGUUGCUGCUUGAUUAUAAUACCAAAAUUGUAUUCACCUAUCCAGUUGAAGUCUUUGCAGGCAUUGUGAAAGAUUAAUAAGGUAAUCUAUAUUUUAAAUACAUGCUAAAGAUGGUAGGGGUAUCCAUUUUCUGGUAAUACUAAUAGACUGACACAGAGCAAUGCUGAAAUUCUGUAGGACCAGUGAGUUUUCUGACAUGAAUGAAACCAAAGGAAACUACAUGAAUAUUCAGGUACAUGAAAUGGAUGGUCCUAUUGCAAUAUUUGGCACAGUGGACUGAUUUUUUUUUUUAAGUAAUUAAAGCUGAGUGGUGCAGGUAGAAUCUUUUCCAUGGCAUAUUUUAUAUGUACUUUUGCUUCUGCCAUCUUGUAUCUUAUUCAUCUCUAAAAUGCAUCACAUAUAUGUUUCUUUGUAUACUUCAGCAGUUCAUUAUCAGCUGUGAAGCAUUUGGAGAUAUCCAGCAAAACAAGAUAUUAAUGCAAGAUCAUCUUUCCUCCUGUGUUGUUUCAGGUCUGAGAUUUGUAAUUGUUGGAUUGCAGCAUUUAUAUAUGUAUUUUAUAGCAUGCUACUACAUAACAAUUGUAUUGGAAAAACUGCUUUGAAUUCUUCUGUCUCUUUCUGCCCAGGUGGAAGAGCAUGAUUCACCAUAGAAAAAAUACAUAAAUUGCAACUUACACACAUCAA